UCAACGUCUAACGUUAGUGAUUAGCACCAUGCACGUGGAGUAAUACCACGACGAAGUUAAAUCGUAAUAAGCUUUUAUACCUAUCUGUUAUAUUACGAUUAUUUUUUAAUGGGAAGUUAAUACUCGAGAAUCAUGACGGGUUCUGAAAUUGAUUUGCAAGUUCUACCUCUCCACAAGCAUCCUCAAUUUUUGGAAGCGUGCGUGGAAAUGAUAAAUGAAGAAUGGCCUAGAAGUAAAACUGCUCGAAUGAUGUCUUUAACGGCAUCUUGCGACAAUCUGCCCACAAGUUUAAUACUUAUAAACAACAAAAUGAAUUUACUAGGUCACGCGAAGCUUACCCGUUUGCCAAAUGUACCAAAUAGUUGUUUUGUUGAAACUGUCGUUAUAGCUAAACAUAUGCGUGGUAAGAAGCUGGGUACGUUUUUAAUGAGAAAAAUUGAAUGCUAUUGUAAAAAUGUUCUUCACUUAAAAAUGCUACAUUUAUCUACAAAGGGACAAGAAGAAUUCUACAGCAAAUUAGGGUAUGAGAUGUGUUCUCCAGUUUCUACUUAUGGCAACCCUGUCAGUAUUGUUAUUAAACCUGAUAAACCAGAGAAAGUGAAGAAAGAAAUAUGCGGAAAUAUACCCCCUCCUCCUCCAUUACCUAAGCUUCAAAGUGUUGCUAGUACUAAUAUUAAAUCAAGUAAAACAUUUAUGUUUAAAUAUUUGUAGACUCAAAAUUUAAAUGAGGCUUAUAAAUUAAGGGGCGUGUUAAAU